AGCUGUUGUUCGAACUUGACUGACUCAGUUCAUUCAUAAACAUUCUCAUUUUCUUAUCUUUUGGUGUUUAUCCCGAUAUUUCUACAGAAUUUAGAGAGAAAAUAAAGUAGUUUUCACUUAAAAUAAUGCAUGAGGCUUACACAGUGUCGCAGGCAGCAAAAAUAGGAGUCCAAAUUGAAUGCAUCACAGGAUACAAUAAUUAUGUGAUUUUGGGCACAAAACUCGGGCACUUGCUCAUGUACUUGAUUCAACAAAAUGAGAGUGAAACAGAGAUAAAGAUGGACCUGCAAUUGCUGCAGUAUGAUAAGAACUUCAGCAAGAAACCCAUUGUGCAGAUUGAAGUUAUUCCGGAAUAUCAGCUACUCGUGAGCCUCACGGAUAAUCAGAUAAAUGUAAAUGACAUCAGCAGAACAAAUUUCCCCCUUGUCUUUAGUGUGGUCAAGAGUAAGGGGGCGUCAGUUUUCUGUCUCAACUACAAGAGAAUUAAAUGCCUCACCGGGGAAACCACACUAAUCGUCCGGAUGUGCGUAGCGGUGAAGAGGAGACUCAAAUUCUGGUGCUGGAGACACAAUGACAAUCAAUUCAUUGAUUAUGCACCAGACAUUGAGCUCAAUGAUAUUCCAAAGUCUCUCUGCUGGUCUCUGGAUACAAUUUGUGUUGGAUUUAAAACUGAGUACGUUCUGUAUACGCUGACAGACAAGGAUCCCGAUAAAAGAGAUUUAUUCCCCACAAGCUCAUCCCGUACUGUUGAUCCGUGCAUAACAAUAAUUGAUAAUGAUCGUUUUGUUCUUGCCAAAGAUGAAUUUAUCAUUCCUGUGGAUCCAGUUGACUUGGCCGCUCAGGAGGCCGAUAAGACAAAGGGUUCUGUAAAACCGGAGGAUUUCACUGGUGAUCAAGAAGCGUCUAAAGUGAUAAAGUCUAUUGCAUGGACUAGCCCAGUACAGGCACUAGUGUGGGAUGAACCCUUCAUUGUAGCACUACUAAAUGACACCGUUGAGAUUAGGACACUUGAUUCGGGAUCCAGCAAAGAAACCCUUGUUCAGUCCAUUCCAGAAUUACUGAGAGCUCGAUUGCUCAUCCGCACUCAGAGGGGAUUGAUCUUUGUUGCAUCUCUUGGACAAUUGUGGCGCAUCCAGAUGACUGAUAUCCCCAAGCAGAGACAUAAUUUAUUGCAGCAGAAAAACUUCCAACUAGCGCUCCAACUGACGAAUAUUUCUCAAGAGAGCGAGGAGGACAAGAAGGAGAAGAUUCAUCAGAUACAGACACUCUAUGCGUUCGAUUUGUUUGCCAACAAACGCUUUCGCGAGUCAAUGAAAGAGUUUGCUAAACUCGAGACAGACCCAUGUGAUGUUAUUCGCCUCUUUCCGGAUUUACUCCCACAGGAGAAAGAUAAAUCACCUUCAGUAGUUGUGGGUGGGGCAGUACUACCAAAGUUAGACGAUCGUGAUCUCGAGAAUGGACUUUUAGCGCUGAUUGAUUACCUUACGGAGGUACGAUUUAAAAUAAGGAAGGAGCUCCAGAGUGGACCUGCUGAUUCAGCGAAACCUUUUGGGAAACUCUCCCCUCUGCUCUCAAUCAUUGACACCACCAUGCUCAAGUGUUACUUGCAGACAAAUGAUUCAUUUGUGGCACCACUAUUGCGACGCAACUAUUGCCAUUUGGAAGAAUCCGAGCGGAUACUGAAGAAGUAUCAAAAAUUCGGGGAACUCAUUAUUCUCUAUCAGACAAAGGGUCAGCACAAGAAAGCAUUACAACUCCUGCAUUCGCAAGCUGAAGAAUCAGGAUCGAAUCUCUACGGACACGAGCGCACCAUUCAGUAUCUCCAACACUUGGGCAGUGAGCAUAAGGGGUUGAUUUUUGAAUUUGCCGGAUGGGUGUUGGAAAAAUACCCUGAAGAUGGGCUAAAGAUCUUUACUGAAGACAUUCAAGAAGUGGAAAAUCUUCCAAGAGCCGAAGUACUCGAUUAUCUGCUGAAGAAUCAUAAACAACUUGUUGUCCCCUACUUGGAGCACGUGAUUCACGUGUGGAAUGAAUCCAAACCGAUCUUUCACAAUAUUCUCAUUCAACAGUAUAGGGAUAUUGUGAAAGAAUUGAAGCAGGAUAUGGAAAUUGGUGAUUCAUCGAAGGAAAAGGAGGCUCAUGUGAAGAAUGUGAGAGCAAUGUUGUUGGAUUUUCUGAAGAAAUCAACAAAGUAUAAUCCUGAAACGGUUCUUGGGGACUUCCCAUACCAAGAUCUCUUCGAGGAGCGUGCAAUAAUUCUGGGAAAGCUGGAGAAGCAUGAAAAAGUUCUUGCAAUUUACAUUCAAAUUCUCGGCGAUGUUGAUAAGGCUAUCAAAUAUUGUGACGAAGUCUAUGCAAGCAAGGAUUCCCGGAGAGAUGAGAUUUUUGUAUUACUCAUCAAAACGCUUUUGACGCCUCCAACCUCACCUCCCUACAGUGGUGUUCCUCUCCAUCCAAAAUGUCUAACACCUGAUAUUGAGACGGUUUUGGAGAUCCUCGAAAGGGAUGCCAAAAAAGUACAACCUCUUGCUGUACUUCAGAUCCUUCCUGACAAUAUAUCCCUUCUUCGUCUUCGUACGUUCUUGGAAACUGCGUUGCAACACCAAUUGGAGCAGAAGAGAAAGACUCAAGUUUUAUGUGGACUUCUUCAUGCUGAACACCUACAAAUCCAUGAAGAUCGCAUCCAAAAUGAAUCCAAUACAGUUGUCAUCUCCGAAUACAGCGUUUGUCCAAGUUGCAAGAAGAAAUUCGGCAAUCAAAGUGCAUUUAUUCGUUACCCAAAUGGAGAUAUUGUUCAUUAUUCGUGUCAACAAAAAUAAACAUCAAGCAUCUAAAACUCCAAAACUAAAGGUAAUACAAUUUUACAUUAUUUCAUAAAAUAAAAAAAAAACUAUUUCGGCAUCCUAAUAAAAUAUCGUUAUCUUUCUUUUAAAA